GUGGAAUUUUGAUGUGUCUCUUUGCCAGCGUCCUAGCAGCAUUCAAUCUAGCGCCGUAUCUGUUCUACCAAAUGGCGAGCAAUACGACGAUGGGCGGUGCUGGAAGUAGUAGUUUGGCGUCUUCUGGUGUUACGUCUUUGAAUGCGGUUCCAAUAGGAAUUGGUGGAGCUAUGGGUGCUAGUAGCACCUCAUUAUUAGGUGGUGGAGUAAGUGGUCCCGGGUUUGCGAGUGCGCCAGUUUGGCAUUCGCGUGUUGGUGAUGGUAGUACGGCUAGUUCUGCUGCUCACAUGGCUUCCAUAGCGCCUGCCCCACCGCUCAUGCGUAGUUGGAGCGCACCUUUGCCACCUGAACAGCUUCAACGAGUGAAUGCACGACGUGACGUUGCUAAUAGCGUUUUGGCGGGCUCUGCGGGUACUGAC